UAGCGUCGUUGUUAGUGUAGUGAGUGAGAAACUGAGAAUCAGUCGGAGAGAAACAGUGGUAUGAGUUAAAAAAUUUUUUAGCUUAGAGCAGUUUGUUCUGUUGUUAUCUGAAACUCGGAUUGAAAAUUGAAUACGUCAACGUAGAAAAAAGCUUUCUACCCUAAAAUGGCCACUUCCCCAUUGACUUGUUUAUCAAACGACUUGAAAAGUAUCGAACCAUAUCUGGAUAUUGCAACUGAUUUUGAAAACUUGUAUCCUUCCGUUAGCUAUCUGUGUCGGUUUUAUGCACUGCAAAAAGGGUUUACUUUGUACAAGGCUGAAGAUGACCUUCCAGUUUUGCUUGAACUUAUGAGCAUCUUAUCCCAUACAAGUGCUUCUUUGUCGGAUAAAACCAUGAAUGAGAUUGAAGAUUUGGCUCUGAAAUUUAUUGAAUGGGGUGAGACUGCACCAUCAUUGGAGAAAUAUAAUGAGAUCACCUUCAAAUCAUUCUAUUCUGCCAAACUACUACUGGAUGUGUGUUUGUUGUUUGGAGAGCUCAAGGCCACAACUGCUGAGAAGAAGAAGUGCAUAACAUCAAAAGUAAUGGACAUGCAGGAAUACAGAGCUUCACUGAUGAAAGAAAACCAGGCUUCUUUGCCAAAGCAAGAACAAACAAGUAAAGAAACUGAAGACUCAAUGGCUCAUUUUGAUGAGGGAUCGCUCGUGAAGCGUCAAGCUGUUGAUGACUUAUACCCGCAACUUCCCAUCAAAGAAUUGCUGAAAAAUGUGCAACCUCGAACAGCUCAGAUAUUGUAUUUGCAGUCCAAUGACUUAAACACAAGUCCGACCGAUUUGCUGCAGGAAAUGCCAGUUUUUUUGGGUCCAUCAACCAUUGCAGACUCUGUGACCGCCGCCGAUAAUGCUUCAAAAUCAAAAACUUCUCCUUCUGAAACACAAGAAAUUCAUAUUACUCCAUCCGAUCACGGCGCUACAACACCAACCAACGCAGAAACAAAAUUUGGUGAAAUGGAGGUCGAAGAAAAAGCGUUACAAACAGUAAAUGUUCAAAAGACACCGCAAACACCAGACUCUACUCCUGCUGGAAUUCCCACCUUGGGAGUAAAGCAGAAAGUCAACAUGGCCAAUCCAGGACACUGUGGUCAAAUGCAAGGUGAACCAACAGUGACAAAUAAUCAGUUCUCCAAUCGUUUCAUGCAUCCGGAAAAUCAGCACAUGAAAAGAUCUCCAUUUUUAUUACCUUUUCCCUGUCAUCCAGCUAAUGUUCAUCAGGCGUUUAAUUACCCCAACUUCAAUCCUGGACGCGCAAUUGUACCUCAAUUCCGGCAUGCGACGUUCAUACCACAUCACAUCAGGCCCGUUCCCUUCACGCCCGUUCCCUUCACGCCCGUUCCAUUCACGCCCGUUCCCUUCACGCCCGUUCCCUUCGCGUCCGUUCCAUUCACGCCCGUUCCCUUCACGCCCUGCAUGAGUCAUUCAUCAUCAUCAUUCAACAACCAAUCUCAAUAUUUACUGCACCCGGGGACUCAGAAGUACUACUACCCACGAUCAGAUAACACUCCCUUCUAUCCGAGAUGUUUUCAGCAGAGAACAAUGGUAUUCCCUCCUGGAGCCCAAAUUGCUUAUAUCCAACCACAACAGCAGUUCCAAGAUCAUACAACUCAACAGCCGUCCCACGUUGCUGAAACUUCAUCAUUGUUGGUGCCCGGAACUGCUCCUGAGCCUCCUGAAUUACACUCAGCAGCAGAGACAGCCACUUCUUCUACAUCCCCAGUUAAGGUGGAAAAUCGUGUGGUUUCUAAUGCAGCUUCAGUUUCAUUUCCUGUCGCCACAACAAUGCCAGCAGAGCCAAUACCAGCAUCCAAACUGGCUGAUACACACAAAUCACUGCUACAAGUUACUUCGCCCGAUGGUGAACUAUUAAUUGCUACACCAGCUAUUAAGUCAGUCGCUGCUACACCAGUUACUACACACACUGCCAAAUCAGUAGCUACUACAUCAGUUAUCGCAUCCACUGCCAAACCGAUAGCGUCUACACCAGUCACUGCACCAGUUGCCGCCACCUCAGUUGCCAGACCAGUUGCUGCUACCCCAGUCGCUAAACAAGUUGCUGCAACCCCUGUAGCGGUAGCCAAAUCAGUUUCUGAAACCCUAGUCGCCAAACCACUUCAGCUGGCUGCCACUUCAGUAACCACUACGCCAGUUGCUGCCACCCCAGUUGCUGAAACACUUUCUGGAACACCAGUCAAAAUUCCAGCUCCUAAAUCAGCUGAUAAGGCUGCUGCUACCCCAGCCUCAGCUGACCCAGUCACGGGCACCACCGUCCCAUUCGCUACACCUGUUGUCGCCCCCUUAGUUGCCAGAGCAGUUGCUGCUACCCCAGUCGCUAAGCAAGUUGCUGCAACCCCUGUAGCGGUAGCCAAGUCAGUUUCUGAAACCUCAGUCGCCAAACCAGUUGCUGCCACUUCAGUUACCGCUACCCGAGUUGCUGAAACCCUUUCUGAUAUACCAGUCAAAAUUCCAGCUCCUAAAUCAGCUGAUAAGGCUGCUGCUACCCCAACCUCAGCUAAUCCAGUCACGGGCACCACCGUCCCAUUCGCUAGACCAGUUGCUGCAACCCCUGUAGCGGUAGCCAAAUCAGUUUUUGAAACCUCAGUCGCCAAACCAGUUGCUGUCACCACAGUUGCCGCUACGCCAGUUGCUGCCACCCCAGUUGCUGAAACACUUUCUGAUACACCAGUCAAAAUACGAGCUCCUAAAUCAGCUGCUACUACCCCAACCUCAGCUAACCCAGUCCCAUUCGCUAGACCAGUUGCUGCAACCCCUGUAGUGGUAGUCAAAUCAGUUUCUGAAACUCCAGUCGCCACACCAGUUGCUGCCACACCAGUUGCUGAAACACUUUCUGAUACACCAGUCAAAAUACCAGCUCCUAAAUCAGCUGCUACUACCCCAACCUCAGCUAACGCAGUCACGGGCACCGCUGUUUCAUUCGCUACACCAGUUUCUGCUAAACCGGUCACUACACCAAUGUCUACACCAAUGUCUACACCAAUGUCUACACCAAUGUCUACACCAGAAGCUGCUAUUUCAGUCGCCGCACAAGUUCCCACACCAUUCGCAGUUUCACCGGUUGUUACGUCCUCACAUGUUUCGUUGGGAAGUUGUGAACAAACUGGUCGUACACAGGGCAGUCCAACGCGGGUAGGCGAUCCAACCCAAGGUCCUCAACAACAAUUAGCAAAAAGCGAUCGUCGUCGUCGUCUGAAAUGUUUGGUCUCCUAAAAUCAAAACCUUCUUUGUCGUUUUUAAGCCAUCGAAAACUCGAGCAUGAGGUGAUCAAAUUUACUCAAGUUCCCUUCGUUAAUAUUCAAAUAUUCCUGUUGUUUCUGAGAAUGUCAUCCCUUACUUACUCCCCUUUCGGAUUAGUUUUUUAAUUCAGAAUUAUUUUUAUAAAUAUUGGACCUGGUUGCAUAUAUUUAAGUCUGAUUAUCCACUCCCUUCUUACAUUUCUAAAUGUAUUUGCUCGGGAUCUAGUGGUGAUCUUAGCGGUAAGUCUUGUAUCUGAACUACUUUGUCGGGAUUUGUGAAGUAGCGUGAAACGCUUUAGAACUGCAAGAUGUUCUCCACAGCACAUGUUAAGCAUCGAAAAUUGUUCUAUUGUACUCCAUUCGAAUUUCACCUAUGCUUAAUUGUUUGGUGUUUUCUGUAAGAUUGUUUGCUUUAUUAAUACACCCAUAAUUUUCA